AAUAAACUUGUCCUUACAUUGGAGGGGGCCAUCAGUUGCAACAACUGAGAUUCCUGCCAUUUGUAGAGAUCAAGAAGCAUAAUUACGUUAACCGUGCAUGCCAUGUGGUUUGGUAUAGAGGAUGAGUUUAAUCCAAAUACGACAUCAUACCAUAUUCAUAGUUAUCUCUUCAUAUCUUCUUUGCCUUUCAUGUUUCUCCCAUAUUAUGCAAACUCGGUUCUUCUACAGUGGAAUGGCAUCAUUAUCUUCUCUACUGUUGAAUGGUCCAAUCAUUUGCAGAAACUGGCUACAAUACAAUAACUCCAUGUUCUUUGAUUAUGAGCAGUAGUUGAAAUGGUGGAUUUCAAUUUCAUUCUUAAUCUAGUUCAUCAUAUAUAUGCAAUUUUCAAGUAUUUUUUGCUGGUGCCCUUUAGACAGAAUUCCCAAAGAUAUAUCAUGGGUUGAGUUUAGGCUUACUGAAAAGCCUCUAAGAUAUGUGAUGAGCCUGUGAAACAAUGGAUGUAUAGAAAGGGCUUAUUUAUGAAUUUUUAAUCACCUGGCAAAUAAACCCAAUGCCUGUAGUAUAACCAUGAUAGGAGCAGGAUAAGCCAAAGCAGUGUAAGUCAAGUAAAGCAACCUAUCUUUCAAAUGGAGACACAGAACGAAUUUCAUCGACUCAACGGGGGAAAAUCAGGGUGGAGAGUAAGACUAGGAAGACGAGGGCAAGUAAUCAGGUCCAAGCUUUUUGGUAAGAAGAGCAUUGAACUGGGUAGAAUGGAGAAUUCACAUUCUCCUUCCCAUGGAGAUUCCAGUACUAGUAGUACGGCAACUCCAGAACCUGAGAGCUCCUCAUAUAUGUGCACAAGCAGCGAAAACACAUAUCAUCCUGAGGCCUUAAACAUGGCUUUGAGUGCAGAUACAUUGGACAGUGAUAACCACAUAGAAACAUGCCAGAUCCCAGUGCAUAACAAGUGGAUAUUUGGCAGAGUUCUAGACCCAAGGAGCAGAGCAGUUCAGGAAUGGAAUCGCUUCUUUCUUCUUGUCUGUGGAAUUGGAUUAGCAAUAGACCCAUUAUUCUUCUAUGCUCUUUCUGUCAGUGAAAAAUUCAUCUGUCUGUACGUGGAUGGCUGGUUUGCAAUAGCAGUCACAGUUCUAAGAUCCGCGACUGAUGCAAUGCAUUUAUGGAACAUAUGGCUGCAGCUGAAGUUAGCAUAUGUUUCAAAGGAAUCUCUAGUUGUAGGUUCUGGAAAGCUUGUGACAGACCCUCGUUCCAUUGCUCUGAAAUACCUGGGAUCAAGAAAAGGGUUUUUAUUUGAUGUUUUCGUUAUCCUGCCUUUUCCUCAGAUGGUUUUAUGGGCGUUGGCUCCUGUGCUUAUAGAGAAAGGAGACAUCGUGAUGGUUAUGAGUGUUUUCUUGAUUAUGUUUUUGUUCCAGUACCUUCCCAAGGUGUAUCACUCUAUAUAUCUUCUUCGAAGAAUGCAGCAUGUAACUGGUUAUGUUUUUGGCACAAUCUGGGCAGGGUUUGCCUUGAACGUACUUGCAUAUUUUGUUGCUGCUAAUGCUGCUGGUGCUUGCUGGUACUUGCUUGGCAUUCAAAGAGCAGCAAAAUGUCUUCAAAAGCAAUGUGAAGUCAACAAGGGUUGUGAUUUCAACAUAUUGGGCUGUGUCAGUCCUAUCUUUUAUAGUUCAUCACUGGUCAGAAAUCCUGAGAGACUAGCUUGGAGAGUGAAUAAUGAUGUCCAUGCAAUCUGCAUAAAAGGAGAUGGCAGAUUCAACUACGGUGCUUAUAAAUGGGUGGUUCCUCUAGUUACUAACACAAACCGCAUAGAAAAGAUUCUGUUCCCAAUCUUUUGGGGUUUAAUGACUCUAAGCACAUUUGGCAAUUUGGAGAGCACUACAGAAUGGCUGGAGGUGGUUUUCAACAUUAUUGUUUUAACCAGUGGAUUGCUUCUAGUCACAAUGCUUAUUGGCAAUAUCAAGGUGUUUCUGCAUGCUGCAACUUCUAGGAAGCAAUCCAUGCAGCUCAGAAUGAGAAAUACCGAAUGGUGGAUGAGGCGCAGGCAGCUGCCUCAACGUUUGAGACAGAGAGUGAGACACUAUGAAAGACAGAAAUGGGCUGCAAUGCGAGGCGUAGAUGAAAGUGCAAUGAUUCACAAUUUGCCUGAAGGCCUCAGGCGAGACAUCAAAUAUCACCUUUGUUUAGAUCUUGUGCGCCAGGUGCCCCUGUUUCAACACAUGGAUGACCUAGUUUUGGAGAAUAUCUGUGAUCGGGUCAAAUCAAUGCUCUUCACCACGGGUGAAAGGGUAACUAACCUUAUAACAAGAGAAGGCGACCCAGUACAGAGAAUGCUCUUCAUAGUUCGAGGUCACUUCCGCAGCACAAACCGGCUAACCAAUGGCGUUACUAGCACUUGCAUGUUGGGCCCGGGGAACUUUUGCGGCGACGAAUUGCUCUCCUGGUGCCUUCGUCGCCCUUUUGUACAACGCCUCCCUCUGUCUUCCGCCACAAUCACUAGUGUGGAAACCACAGAGGCAUUUGGACUGGAUGCAAAAGACCUCAAGUACAUCACUCAACAUUUUCGCUACACAUUUCUCAGCGACAAGCUCAAGCGGACCGCUAAGUACUAUUCUCCAGGCUGGCGCACCUGGGCUGCUGUGGCAAUCCAACUGGCAUGGCGGCGUUACAAGGCCCGAUUUGCACUAAGUUCCUUGUCUUUUGUUAGAAUGCGUCGACCCCUUUCCAGGUCUUACUCUGAGGAAGAUCGCUUGCGCCUAUACGCUGCUCUUCUUGCAUCUCCCAAACCCCAGAAUGAAGAUUUUGUGUUUCCUUCCAAUGAGUAAACUCAAUAAAUCAUAUUCGACCUCUGUAAGUCCAUGCAGAUCGAUUCAUAGCUUUCAUGCGAAAUAAGUCUUCCUGUAAAAGUGGCAAAUUUCUAUGUCCUCCCUGCAUUUGUAAAAAUUUCAUCCGUGCAAUUAGUUUAUGGACAGUGCAAUUUCUUUUCGGAAUUGCUGACAAAGUUCUUGAA